AUAGAAUAUUCAGACACUAUUGUAAUCCGACUUGUUGCCUUUCUGUCCUUCUUUUCUUAUCAAGUCCAUUGUCAGCUGUCCAUUGUCCAUUUAUCCAACCACUUGAAUUUGAAUAAUCAAUCAGAUAUUCCACCCAGCGUCAUUGAUGAACCACCCAACCACAUUAUCCACAUCCCGGCACAGCAUGGUAACGUGACCUGCUUGCUGAGACGAAGACGCAGCAAUGGAACCCAACGUCCAGCGCCUUCUUAACGAUAAGCUGUACGACAAGAGGAAGACCGGUGCCCUUGAACUCGAACGCUCUAUUCGGGAGCUGACAGCGGCCAAGGACUACAAAAGGGUUAAGGAUAUCCUUGAGCAGUUGUGUAACGAAUACGCUUAUGCUGUCCAUCAACCCCAUGCACGAAAUGGAGGUUUGAUCGGUUUGGCCGCUGCUGCCAUCGCCCUCGGUUCAGAGCUGCCGAGAUAUCUCGAGGUUAUCGUGCCGCCUGUUCUGGCUUGUUUUACCGACCAAGAUGCUCGCGUUCGAUAUUAUGCAUGCGAGUCUAUGUAUAACAUUGCCAAGGUUGCCAAAGGCGAGAUUUUGAAAUAUUUUAACCACAUUUUUGAUGCUUUAUGCAAGCUAGGCGCAGACUCAGAACUUUCUGUGAAAAACGGCGCCGAACUUCUCGAUCGUCUAAUCAAGGAUAUUGUCUCCGAGUCAGCGGCUACUUACGUGUCCGUGCUCGAGAGUGAACCUCCCCCGCCUUAUGAUGCGAAGGACUCUGAGCAAGGCGCUUCCCCUAAUUCGAACCUCCCAACAGCUUUCUCCCUCCCAGAUUUUAUCCCUCUCCUAAAGGAACGGAUAUGGGUUAUGAACCCGUUUACUAGAACGUUCCUUGUCGGUUGGAUUACUCUACUCGACUCGAUUCCGGAUCUCGAACUGGUUACGUACCUGCCCGAGUUUCUGGGUGGUUUGCUCAAGUUUCUCAGUGGCAACAAUGCCGACGUCCAUGCGGCAACGCAGGCCUGUCUGGAUAAGUUCUUGAACGAGAUCAAGAGAAUUGCCCGAGUGAAGAAGGGUAUCGCCGAGAGCAGAAAGUCGAAGGGAGAUGGAAAGAGGAAGCGGGAGGACUCUGUCGAUAGCGGUAGUAUGCGUCUGGCAGCAGAUGACGCCGAGGAAGCAGGCUCUACUACGGCCAACGAGGAUGAUGAUGAAGUUAGCAGUGAGGAUGACUGGAUUCCGGGACAAGAUGUGCAGAUUAACUAUAAGGCCAUCCUUGAGAUCCUCACUGCGACCCUUGAUUCCCCCCUGGAGGAAGACAGCCUUCUAGAAAGCCUACGAUGGAUAGUAUCGUUUCUAGAUAUCUGCCCUGAAGAAGUCUUACCAUUUACUCCUAAAAUAUUAGCCCACCUUCUCCCAGCGAUGGCUAGCGGGGUCGAGCCGAUUCGCCAGGCUGCGACAAGAGUGAACACAUCACUGAUGGAAUAUGUUGUCUCUCUUACAGACGAAACCGAAGUGGCCCCGGGCCCGUCAACGUCACGACUGUCUGCACCUGCUACUGACCGCCCCGAAGGAGCGUCCAGUACACGCGCCUCCUUGUCGAGCAAUCGCGAAAUAGAUCUACGCAGUCCCACACCGGCUCAAAACCGCAGAGCAUCAACCCCCGCUCAACCAUCUCAGCCUCAGCCAGACUUGGAUUAUGCUGCCGCAGUUAAUUCUCUCACCUUGCUAUUCUUAAAUGACCACGAGGAAACCCGCGUUGCUGCACUAACUUGGCUCAUCAUGUUGCACCGAAAAGCACCUAGGAAAAUCGUUGCGUUCAACGACGGAACAUUCCCUGCCCUCCUCAAGACGCUUUCAGACCCGGCAGAAGCUGUCGUUACCAAGGACUUACAGUUACUAUCUCAAAUAUCUAGAAACAGCGAAGACGACUACUUUUCUAAUUUUAUGGUCAGUCUUCUGCAACUUUUCUCUACUGAUAGAAAGCUACUAGAGACUCGAGGAAACCUGAUCAUACGCCAAUUAUGUAUGACUCUGAGCCCCGAGAGGAUAUACCGUACUCUAGCCGAAACGAUUGAGAAAGAAGAGGAUGUUGAGUUUGCCAGCAUAAUGGUGCAGAAUCUCAACAAUAACCUAAUUACGGCGCCGGAACUAGCCGACUUGAGGAAACGAUUACGGAACCUAGAGACGAAGGAGGGCCAGGUGUUCUUCGUCGCCUUGUUCCGUUCUUGGUGUUACAACGCCGUUGCAACCUUCUCCUUGUGUCUACUCGCUCAGGCAUACGAAGCUGCGUACAAUCUCUUGCAGAUUUUUGCGGAGCUAGAGAUGACAGUCCACAUUCUCAUCCAGAUCGACAAGCUUGUCCAACUGAUUGAGUCUCCCGUCUUCACAUAUUUGCGACUCCAGCUUCUCGAACCCGAGAAGUAUCCAUACCUCUAUAAAUGUCUUUAUGGAAUUUUGAUGCUUUUGCCGCAGUCCUCUGCUUUUGCGGCUCUCAAGAAUAGGUUGAACAGCGUAAGCGCGAUAGGAUACUUGCAGACCGGGCCUCGACCUCCUGCAACUACACCUAGCGCUUCAAAUUAUGACCGCCCAAACAGGUUGGGGAAGGGCCGCGAAGACAAUACGAUACGAUGGGACCAGCUCUUGGAAAAGUUCAGGAGCGUACAGGAAAAGGCGAGACGGGCACAGAGGAUGCAGGACGGCAGUAACCUCGACGACGGGUUAGACUUCGGCGGACUACGUAUCACAGAACGAGAGCCCCCACGGCCUCUCCCGGCCCCGUCCGUACCACCGAAAGACUCGACGCCGCCCGCUGCGCCGCCGCCAAAGCGUUCGGGAUUAGGGAAACAGUUUGGACGACUGGGCGCGUCCGUCUCAGGCAGAGGGAAACGAUCGCAGCCCCAAUAGAAGUGAAGUUGGUUAUGCCGUCGGGUUUUGCAGUCAUUCAUCUACGUCGUCGUAGAGAGGGUGACCUACUUACUACAAGGGAGGUGAUUUUUGAAGAAGCGAUUCGUUCCAGAUAGAUUAUUAUGUCUUGUACCGAGUACUGUCAGCAU